AAACAAAUUUGACAUCACUGAAAGGAAACGAAGAUAACCUCUUGUAUUGUGACUGUUGUGAGAUCUCUAAUCUCCCGCGGAGAUCAUCACAGGAUUUAAGAUUCAAAUUCAACGCAUGGUACUGUGACCCUUUUCAUUCCUGAAUCGGAAAACUAAGCAUAAUAAUAAUAAUAAUAAUAAGAAGGUAACCUCUUCAAAAGCAGACGCAGACUUAAAAGGCUACAUUCGUAUAAGGAUACUUACGGAAACCUCUUUUCAAAAAAUUAGUUAUUCUAAGUUUUAUUUACAUUAUAUUCGAUACAAGAUACAGAAUUUUUCGCAAAAGUUUUUUUGAGGAUUAUUAUUUUUAGUAACAAUAAUCGCAACAUGACGUCUUUCAUCAAGGAGGGAAAUAAGAUUUUUGUCGUGUCAGGAAACGAUGUGCCUUCGAAUGACACGGCAUAUUUUAUUGCUACGAUCAAGAAAUGUAUCGGAGAUUCCGGUAAAUUGCAAACUACGAGUUUGUCAGAUAUAAAGAAGGAAAAUCAUGAUGCAUCUACCUUUGAUGCAGUUAUUGCCAUUUUUAAACAACCAUGCACGGAUGAGAAUUUCUUAACAGAAGCAUUGAGAAUUCUAAAACCUGAUGGUUCAUUUGUUAUUUAUGAACGAUUAUCAGCAGAUAGAAAGUUAGAUACAGAACUUACGUAUACUGAAAGAAUAUCUAGAUUAAAAUUAUCUGGCUUCAAAGUAAAAGAUACAGAACAGAAGAAAUUAGAAACAGAUCCGGAGAGCUUAGACUUUUUGUUAAAAGUGUAUAACAAUAUAGAAAACGUUUGCAAAGUAUCUGCGAAUAAACCAUCAUUUGAGGUGGGUUCCAGUAUUCCCAUUUCAUUUGCAAAAAAGCAAACUAAUGUAUGGAAAUUGGAUGAUCCUGUAGACGAAGAUUUAAUAGAUGAAGAUGAACUUUUAGAUGAAUCAGAUCUUGUAAAGCCAGAUGCAGCAUCCUUAAGAGUUUGUGCAACAACGGGUAAAAGGAAAGCAUGCAAGGAUUGUUCAUGCGGACUCGCGGAAGAAUUAAGUGGUAAAGCUGCAUCGGAAUGCACUGUUAAAUCUUCUUGUGGAAAUUGUUACCUUGGAGAUGCAUUCAGAUGUGCCAGUUGUCCUUAUCUUGGAAUGCCUGCUUUCAAACCCGGGGAGAAAGUACUUUUACCCGAAACUCAGCUAAUCGUCGAUUCUUAAGUUUGUUAUUCAUUUCGAAAUACAGUUGUAAUAAAUGCGUAUUGUUUUUCGUGCAAA